AUGAUUUUUGGGGUGAACAAGAUUAAUGGUAUAACCUUUUUAGCAGCAAAACAGACAAAGGUAUCAGUGACUCAUAGCAAAAGACUUCGGGAAGUCGCCGAGGACGAUAUCACCUUCAUGGAGGAGGUCGCUGAUGGACUCCUACUACCGCACAAUGAUACCCUGGUAAUUUCUCUAAAUAUUUUGGAUUUUAAAAUUAAACGUGUUUUGGUGGACCUAGGAAGUUCAACCAAUAUUAUUCAAUGGAGAGUGCUGGAGCAAGCCAAGCUAACUGAAAGCAUCAUUCCGGCCACAAAGCUCCUCACCUGGUUUAACUUAGCAAGUGUGACAACCCGAGGGAAGAUCCUUUUGCCCACAAAUGCCAAAGGGAUGAUGAAGACGACCAUGUUUGAAGUAGCAGACGGCGACACAGGAUACAACAUUAUUCUUGGAAAACCAUGGCUACAUGAGAUGAAGGUUGUGCCGUCAACAUACCAUCAACUUCUGAAAUUCCCAACUCCAGAGGGAAUCAAACAAAUAAUGGGAGAUGAACCGACGACAAGGGAGAUAAACGUGAUCUCGGUUUCCAGCAGUAAAGGGAAGGAACAUGUAGCAUAG